AUGUUACCAAAUUUAGAAGAAGAGGACAAUGUUGCACAAAUUAGCAUCCCUUGUUAUGAAUUCGGACCAUCGAAUCAAAAGGAACAUCCAACGAAAGGUGUGAUACAAGGAUACAAUUGUAGGAGGAGAACAGAGAAUCGACACAAGUCUAUAGUGUUACUGUCUGCCGUGGACAACUCUUUGCUCAACGUGAUUCAUCAUUUCAAAUUGAAGACGGGGUACAAUGUGAAGAAAUUGAAUGUUUUCGAAAUGGUGGUGAAUCAUUACAAGUUUCAAGCUUGGCCUGAGUUUAAGGCUAAGUUUAGGAGGAGGGUGUCAACUUAUGUUGUCGAUUGGACUAAACCAUCGAACCUUGGUUCGAAUGAUCGGACUCCAGGAUUAGGGUAUAGUCCUGUUGAGCCUAUAGGUUGGAAGAGCAAGUUUUGUGAGGUAUAUGAUAAUGGUUUAAAAGAUUUGACACAUACAUGGUCUAUAGUUGAGUCUGUUGCUCCAUCAGAGUAUCAAAUGCCUUGGCUGAAAUAA